GAGGGCUUAUUUUUCGUCCAAAUAGAAGAAAAUAACGUUGAGAGUCUUGAGACUUGAGAGUUGAGAGAGGAUUUACAGAGGCCAAAAGAGAGAGAAAGAGAGGGAGAUAGCAUUAGCUGCUACAUCUUAAUUUUACAUGUAUGUUUCGUACAUUCACUCUCUGCUAUUUCUCUUCCCCUCUCUUUCUCUCUCCUCACAUCACCAAUCUUCACACUCUUUUGUUCUAAUCAUGAAACCCUAAUUCGCCGAUUUCACUUCUAAAAGCCAAACCUUGAAAUCAAACGUCAAAUUUUUUUUUAGAUUCAUGACAAUGGCGGAAUUAGGGCAACAAACUGUGGAGUUCUCGAAUCUCGUCAGUCUUGCGGCAGAAGAUUCAUUCAUCUCUUUGAAGGAAUUGGUGGAGAAAUCAAAGUCUUCUGAUAUGUCUGAUUCAGAAAAGAAGAUUAAUCUUCUUAAGUAUAUUGUCAAGACUCAGCAGCGUAUGUUGCGUCUCAAUGUUCUUGCCAAGUGGUGUCAACAGGUUCCUUUAAUACAAUAUUCUCAACAACUUGCGUCUACUUUAUCAAGUCAUGAUACUUGUUUCACACAGACAGCGGAUUCACUAUACUUUAUGCAUGAGGGGCUCCAGCAAGCACGUGCACCUAUUUAUGAUGUGCCAUCAGCGAUUGAGAUCCUUCUUACAGGAACUUAUGAACGUUUGCCAAAAUGUGUAGAAGAUGUGGGCAUGCAAAGUUCCUUAAAUGAAAUUCAACAAAAGCCAGCUUUGAAAAAGCUGGACAUUCUUGUACGCUCAAAAUUGCUUGAGAUUUCACUUCCGAAGGAAAUAUCAGAGGUGAAAGUUUCAGAUGGUACAGCGCUUUUGCGUGUGGAUGGGGAAUUUCAGGUUCUAGUCACUCUUGGCUAUAGAGGUCACUUGAAUUUAUGGAGGAUAUUACACUUGGAGCUUCUUGUUGGUGAGAGAAGUGGUGCUGUAAAGCUUGAAGAGUUGAGACGAUUUGCCUUAGGAGAUGAUUUAGAGCGGAGGAUGGCUGCAGCCGAUGAACACAAAAAUCCGUUCAUGAUAUUAUAUGCUGUUCUGCACGAAUUUUGUAUAGCCCUCAUCAUGGAUACUGUUAUAAGACAGGUCCAUGCUCUUCGUCAGGGAAGAUGGAAAGAUGCAAUUAAGUUUGAGCUUAUUUCUGAUGGUAGCACGGUGCAAGGAGGAAGUGGCUCAUCCAUGCAAAUAAGUCAAGAUGGAGAAUAUGAGGCAUCUGGUUAUCGUACCCCUGGAGUGAAGAUUGUUUAUUGGUUGGAUUUAGAUAAGAACUCUGGUACAUCUGAUGGUGUAGCAUACCCGUCUAUCAAGAUUGAACCAGGGCCUAACCUACAGAUCAAAUGUACUCAUAGUACAUUUGUUAUAGACCCAUUAACAGGCAAGGAGGCAGAUUUUUACCUGGAUCAAAGCUGCAUUGAUGUAGAGAAGGUGCUGCUAAAAGCUAUACGUUGCAACCGAUAUACACGUUUGCUUGAAAUUAGUAAAGAGCUUACUAAGAAUGGUAAAAUCUUUAGAGGUGCUGGUGAUGUUCUCCUUCAUUGUCAUUUAGAUGAAACAGACAUGGAUCGUAAGAAAGAUGCGAGGUUUGUUGCGAGGGAAUCAGAUGGACAAGAAGUACUCUAUGUGCGUGCUUAUAGUUCAGCAUUUUUCAUUCUGGGAAUAAACAUAAGAAAUGGACGUUAUCAGCUUCAGUCAUCCAGAAAUAUCAUUAUUCCAUCAGCCUUGGCAGAUUCUGAAGAAAUUCUAAACCAGGGAACUGUUAAUGUAGCUGAAAUCUUCAUUAAUUUGCGGAGCAAAUCUGUUUUGCACUUGUUUGCAUCCAUCGGCAAGUUUUUGGGUCUUCAGGUAUAUGAAAAUGGUUUUUCUUCAGUGAAAGUGCCGAAAAGUAUCUUAAGUGGUUCAAGUUUUUUAUUAAUGGGAUUCCCUGACUGUGGCAGCUCAUAUCUUUUGCUUAUGCAAUUGGAUAAGGGUUUCAAAAUUGUCUUUGAACUGCUUGAGACACAGCCAGAACACCCUGGUAAGUCUAGCAACUUCGUUGUUGGGCGUUCGAAGAAAAUUGAUGUUGACCAGAUGCAGAUGCUUGAAGAUGAAAUGAAUUUGAGCAUUCUUGAUUUGAGAAAAGUUAGAGCUUUGUUUCCUGGAGUUGGGAGUCCCAGUCAGCCUUCUGAAUAUGGUCUGCUGUCUGAUUUUAGUCAUGAGGGUUUGAUGCCAGUUACUCUAUGUCCACCGUCAAGUUUUUCCUCUGUUAUUGAUGAAAUUUUUGAGCUUGAAAAGGGAACCCCCGCACCUUAUUCUGGUGCUAAUAUUUCUUCUUCAAUGAAUACUUCUAGUGCAUCUCAUUUGGCCUCUCCACCUAUGAACCUUCCUCUCUCUAGAGUUGGGAUUUCUUCACCAAAGUGGGACGGAAAUGUUCAAAUGUCACACAUCAAUCCUGCUGUCAAAUUAUCUACCCACCAUAAUGCUUCUCGGUAUUCAGCACCCAUUGCCAAAGGAUUAAGUCAGUCAUCUUCUGUUAAUUCAAUUUCUUUCGCCCAGCAGAGGAACAGUGCUAUGCAAAAACUUUCAGUUUCUAAGUCAGAGCAGGACCUUGUUUCUCUUAGGUCACCGCAAUCAGUUGAAGUUAGUUCUUUUAGGUCAGUGGAUGAAGAUCAUCUGAGGAUUAUGAAUGAACAAUCACGUGAUGCAAUCUCUAGGAGAUCACUUCCUCUUUUGUCUCCUCAGUCAGCUGGUGCUAAUGGAACUGCACCUAAAUCAUGGGCUACAACCCCCUUAUGUUACAGAACUGUUCCCGAAAAUGAUACAAAUUCUAGAAAAAGGGAAGUUUCAGAAAUGCUGAAUUCUUUGCCAUCACUUCGGGGUCUUGUUCAUGGAAUUUCAAAGAGGAGAAGAUUAUCAUUUGACCAGCCUUCAGUAUCUUCUGCUGUUUCACCGAAUUCAAUCCGUAAUCCUGAAGGAUACAGUUACGGUGAUCUUUUAGCUGAAGCAAAUAAAGGAAAUGCGCCUUCAGGAGUAUAUAUAUCAGCACUUCUCCAUGUGGUCAGGCAUUGCUCUCUUUGUAUCAAGCAUGCCAUGCUGACUAGCCAGAUGGAGGCUCUAGACAUUCCGUAUGUUGAAGAAACUGGUCUUAGAAAUGCAUUUGUGAACAUUUGGUUUAAACUCCCAUCUGCUAGAGGAGAUUCGUGGCCACAUAUCUGCUUGCGACUGGGUAAACCUGGAAGUUUAUGCUGGGAUGUGAAGAUUAAAGAUCAACAUUUUGGAGACCUGUGGGAGCUUCAGAAGGGUAGCUACAAUACACCAUGGGGAAGUGGUGUUCGAAUAGCCAACACAUCUGAUGCAGACUCUCAUAUCCGUUAUGAUUCUGCAGGCGUUGUUUUAAGUUACCAGUCAGUUGAAAUGGAUAGCAUUAAGAAGCUUGUAGUUGACAUUCAUAGACUAUCUAAUGCGAGAAUGUUUGCACUUGGAAUGCGGAAACUGUUGGGUGUUAAGUCUGAAGAGAAACUAGAGGAAGGUGCAAAUUCUGAUGGUAAACUAGCAGUUGGUGCUAAGGGCACUAUUGACGGAGUUGACAAAUUCUCAGAACAAAUGAGGAGGGCGUUCAGAAUUGAAGCAGUUGGGCUUUUGAGUCUCUGGUUCAGUUUUGGUUCUGGGGUCCUGGCUCGUUUUGUUGUCGAGUGGGAAUCUGGUAGAGAAGGAUGCACAAUGCAUGUUUCGCCAGAUCAGCUCUGGCCUCAUACUAAGUUCCUUGAGGAUUUCAUAAAUGGAGGUGAAGUAGCAUCCUUGCUGGACUGCAUUCGGCUCACAGCUGGACCUUUACACGCACUUGCUGCAGCAACACGACCUGCUCGAGCUGGUCAGGCUGCUAUUGUUCCGGGAGUUGGCUCAACUAUGCCUGCUUCAUCCAGACAAGGGACUCAUGUUUCAGCUCAAGGAGUUGCUCCUAAUAGUUUGUCACCAAAUUUGGUUCAGGGAACUGCUGGUAAUGCUGGCAAUUCUGUUGCAUCUGCAGCUACUGCUGCUGCUAUUGGGAAUCAUCCAGGUGUCAUGUUGGCUGCUGCUGGUAGGGGUGGCUCAGGCAUUGUUCCCAGCUCAUUGUUGCCUAUUGAUGUUUCUGUCGUCUUACGAGGGCCUUACUGGAUAAGAAUAAUAUACCGCAAACAUUUUGCAGUUGACAUGCGAUGCUUUGCAGGAGAUCAGGUCUGGCUUCAACCGGCCACACCCCCAAAGGGAGGCCCUUCUGUUGGGGGGUCAUUACCCUGUCCUCAGUUUCGGCCUUUUAUCAUGGAGCAUGUUGCUCAGGAAUUAAAUGGUUUGGAACCUAAUUUUGUUAGUGGGCAACAUACUGUUGGAGUGUCCAGUUCCAACAAUUUGGUCCCUGGUUCAAGUCCACAACUUGCUACUGUAAAUGGAAGCCGAGUUAAUUUUUCAAGUGCUUCUGGACUCUCUAGGCCAGGAAGCCAAGCUACUGCUAUGAACCGUGCUGGAAAUUCCCUAGCACCUUCUAACAUGGCUGCCGCCAGCGCAGGAUUGGCUACACGGAGAUCUCCUGCUGCAGGUGUCCCUGCUCAUGUUAGAGGAGAGUUGAAUACAGCUAUCAUUGGCUUAGGUGAUGAUGGUGGAUAUGGUGGUGGGUGGGUUCCGCUUGUAGCUCUUAAAAAGGUUCUCAGAGGGAUUUUAAAAUAUCUAGGGGUUCUGUGGCUUUUUGCCCAGUUACCUGACCUCUUGAAAGAGAUCCUUGGUUCAAUUUUAAAAGAAAAUGAGGGUGCACUGUUGAAUUUGGAUCAGGAGCAGCCAGCUUUGCGCUUUUUCGUGGGAGGCUAUGUGUUUGCCGUGAGUGUCCAUAGAGUUCAGCUUCUCCUUCAAGUUUUGAGUGUGAAGCGCUUCCAUCAUCAACAGCAACAACAGCAGCAGAACUCUGCCUCAGUGCAGGAGGAAUUGACACAAUCUGAAAUAAGUGAGAUAUGUGACUACUUCAGUCGGCGUGUUGCAUCAGAGCCAUAUGAUGCCUCACGUGUAGCAUCAUUUAUCACCCUUCUCACAUUGCCAAUAUCGGUUUUGCGAGAGUUCUUGAAACUUAUAACAUGGAAAAAGGUUAUGUCCCAAUCACAAGGUGGAGAUGUAGCACCUGCUCAAAAACCUCGUAUAGAAUUAUGCCUUGAAAAUCAUGCUGGUUUGAAUAUGGAUGGGAUUUCGGGAAACUUAUCUGCCACUAAAAGUAAUAUCCAUUAUGACCGGCCCCAUAACUCGGUUGAUUUUGCUCUCACUGUUGUUUUAGAUCCUGCUCACAUACCUCACAUAAAUGCUGCGGGUGGUGCUGCUUGGUUACCAUACUGCGUGUCAGUGAGGUUAAGAUAUUCGUUUGGGGAGAGCCCGACUGUUUCCUUCCUUGGUAUGGAAGGAAGCCAUGGUGGCCGUGCUUGUUGGUUGAGAGUUGAUGAAUGGGAAAAAUGCAAACAGAGGGUAGCUCGUGCCAUAGAAGUUCCUGGAUGUUCACCUGCAGAUAUUGCUCAAGGGAGGCUGAGACUAGUUGCUGAUAACGUCCAAAGGGCGUUGCAUUUGUGUUUGCAGGGAUUAAGAGAUAGCAGUACUGGAGGUCCUGGAAGUUCUGGGUCUACGUAAUAUAUUCCACUGUACCUUAUAACAUGAUAAUUCUUCUGUUUAUUCGAAUCUACAGUUCCAUAUCAUGAAAAUUAUGCUGGAUCAAGAUUGAGGAGAGUCAGUGGUGUAACUUUUGAUUGACCUAGGUAGCAGGCAAUUUGAUCGUCAGUUGAACAGAAAUUAGAAGCAGCUGGCUGGGUUACCCAAGACCUUCCUAUCACGUUCAAUCAAUUUCAUCAUCUUGUUUUCAUUGGUUAGUAGCUUGAGUCCCUGAUGCUUGAAAGGCAUGAUUUGUCAGUAGGGUGUAUCAUAUUUUUGAAAAUUACGGUAUGUACUAAAAAUUAAUUUAGGUAUUAGUUCAUCUUGUACAGAAUAGUCACGGGCCUAGAAAUUGUGUAAAGCUAUAGUUGGAAUUGUUUGGCCCAUUGCUUAUAUAAUUCCGUAACCAUUUUCUAAGGGAUAUUAUACUGUAAACUAGUGCUCAAAAAUAGUGUUUUGACUGUUUUGGGUUGAAAUGUACCUUUAGCGUCCCACAAGAACUCUUGGGUUGUAGUUGGAAGUUAUUCAACACGAGAGAAAGUCUUUGAAAUUUGUGUGGGAAAAUGAAAGUAAUGAAUUCAAAAAAUAGGUUUUAUGUUUUUCGGUGUUCA